AUGACACUUGACAGUUGUGUUCCCGUCAAAGUGGCCUUACAGCUUAUGGAUACCAGCUCAUUGGGGAGAGCGUACCAGUACGACAGCUACCAGCAAACACAUAACCAGCUCCAACAUGCACUGCAAUCUAUCGUGAACGAUCACCACCAGGGUUUCAAUAGCUCUAUUGGGACGUUCCACAGCAUAAUGAGGAGUAUAACAACGUCACAGGCAAAGGUUAGAGCACUCAGAGAAUCACUAGUCCAAGCAAAGACAGAUCUUUCAACUUCAAAGCCGGAGGUUAAAAAUAUGGUGGAAACAUCUCAAACAUAUGACACAAUGCUACGGACACUCAAUUUAAUAGAACAACUCAAUGGUGUGCCGGAAAAGCUAGAAGCACGUAUAUCCGAAAAACGGUUUUUGACAGCCGUUGAGGUCUUAUCUGAUGCCCUCAAGGUUAUAAAGCAACCAGAAAUGAUGGAGAUUGGCGCCUUAUCCGAUUUAAGAACAUAUUUAGGCAGUCAAGAAUCGUCUCUUGCCGACAUCUUAAUUGAGGAGCUCCAUAACCAUCUUUACCUGAAGUCUCCAUACUGUAUGGAUCGAUGGAAGCCUUACUCUCCACAUCAGAAAGACUCAUUAUUAACGAAAGCUGAGGGAAAGAGACCACUCCAUGUGUUUCUUGACUCCGUAGAUUUCACCCAGCCUGUAAACGCAAAUGCGAAUAAGAACCCAGAGGCUGACAGUCUCUACUACAUAAGGCUGCUUCUGGAGGCAUUAAAUAGCCUUGGUCACAUAUCUAACGCCGUUGGAACUGUGAACCAGCGCCUACCAGUAGAGCUGUUUAAACUUGUUGAGAAGACUAAUAAUGAAGUUGAUCAACGGCAUCCGAGCUCCUUAACCGGUGUUGCUCGAUCUAUUGGGACUUUCACUAAAGCUCUUGACUUGGGUCUGAGCGAUAAUGACGUUCGGGUCACUGUCAUACAUGACUUAUUAUGGACUCUAUACUCUAAGUUCGCAGCUGUUAUGGAGGGUCAUAGAGUUAUUUACGAUGUCGUUAAGGGCAUCAGCAGGAGAGAUGGUUCCGAAGAUGUAGCAUCCUUAGCAGGUGGUUUUAUGGAAGUCUGGCAACUGAUACAGAGCGAAAUGCGAUCUUUGCUCCACGAUUAUCUCACCAUGACUGACAGUCGAAGUGUAUCAAGUGCCCCCAAAGGCAUCCAUCACGCUAUCAACAACAUUGUUACUGGAAAGACACCUCGAGACAAGAAUAAGAUCUUAUUUAAGUUAUCAAGCACCGACAGCAACUCGGCUUCUAUUAAAAAGGAUCAGGACGACUUAGAAUCUAUUCUAAAGGCCUCUGUACCUGGUCUCGUCUCCGAAUCCCUUCGACCCGCCGCAACCUCUUCGGAUGUGAACACGUCCUCUGAUGGUGCUGCGACUGGACACAAGCUACUAAUUGAGCCAAGCGUCUUCAACAUGGGGUUCCUUCUUCCCCCAUCACUUGCGUUUCUCAACCGUAUCAAAGAUAUUGUUCCUGCAGGCUCUGGGAUUGUCCUUAGCACACUGACUUCCUUUUUGGACGAUUUCUUAGUUAACGUGUUUCACCCUUCAUUAGAAGACACCAUCCGGGACCUCUUCAACCAGACAACUAGUGACCUUGAUGCUUUCCAGCAGGAUCCUCAGUGGGCAUCAGUCGCAAAGAAGCCUGUUAUGAAGGGUGCGACAGCUUUCCUAGGGCUUAUAACUGCGUUAUGCAAGAUGCUUGAUACCAUUCCUCCCGAUCAAGCUUUUGGACAAUUGACUAUUGAUUUGCUUAACUCGUAUUAUGAAAAGUGCUAUGAAUGGUACAAAGAGCUUGUUGCGAGACAUCGGGCCGGUCCAGAGGAUGGAACCACGCCAAUGUUGGAUAUGAAGCGAAGUGCCCAAUGGGCACGCGUGGACAAAAUUCGCUCUGCCAUGCAUGGCCUUUGGACCGGCAAUGAAGAGGCUGAAGCCCUCAAAAAGGAGACCGAAGUCGAACUUGGGGAUCAAGAAGGCAAAACACUUACUCUUGCCGAUCUUAUUACUGAUCGCAAGGUCACAAAUUCUUUAUGCAUUCUUUAUUCCAGCAUGAAAUGGUUGGCCAGCAAUGUUGUUCAACUUCGACAUGUGGAAGAUACACAAAGCUUUUCUCGGCAGGAAGGAGGACUCUCGGGGCGCCGGAGGAGACGCUGGACUUUGAUCUCCGGAGAAUCUUCAAUGUCUCGCGAUGAAGCAGCAAAACCGGUAUACCUCCCCAUGACUACUGAAACCGUUAGUGGAUUUGACGGUGUUGUGAAUUCCUUCCAGGAAUUGGCCAAUACAAUUCUUUUCACCUUGCGUGCCGAGGCCCGGUGCCACGUACUACAUUAUCUGGACAUAUGCAUGAAAGAGGGAAAUUAUUGUCUCGAUAGUCUCGUAAACACCCCUGAUCCUAACGUUCUAGCCCUGAACGCGGACCUAGUCUGGUUUGACGAAGUUAUCUCACACCUCCUCCGUGACACAGAAACUAAAUAUUUGGUCAAAGGCCUCGGCGCAAUGAUGGACCACCUUCUAGUAGCCAACGCAAACUGCAUCAAAAUCAUCAACAAAGAGGGCGUAGAGCGCAUGCAACUGAACAUCCUGGUCCUCCAACAAAACCUCAAGAACAUAGAGACAGGCGGGGAGCUAACGCGGGCCUCAGCCUUUUAUGCCCUCUACGCUGGCGGCAUGGAGGUAAUUCAGACCAAAUUCCCCAAGGACCUGAUCAAAGCCGCAAAAGAGGGCAAGAUCGACUUCAGUUACGACGAUCUAAAAGUCCUUGUUGAAUUGUACUUCUCUGAGGCUAUGAGCAAUCGUCGCGAAUCGGCGUCGGCUUUACAGGCGAGGAGGUCGUUGAAUGAGAAUCUGUUGGCCUUAUCGGAAAUUAUGUGGACUUUAUAA